CCCCGCUGCAUGAACUGAACAGCUGAGUUUGAAGCGGUAUUACCACCAGACCAUACGAGUCACAGUAGAGCUGAAGAUGGAGGAGAGAGUCUGUAUCUUCCUGCUUGUUUUAUUCUUCAGUCAUCACGUUGUCAGCGGAACACUUGUAGUGAAUGUGGCACAGACCUUCUAUCAGGCAGAGGAGAACCACCACAUCACACUGGAAUGGACCUUCACACCCAAAACUCUCAGCUCCUCCAACAUUUAUAUCCUCUGUCAACUGAUAACUGAUCAGAAAGUCUCAAAAGUCCUGUUUCAUCUCCAUGAGGGUGUUGAGGUCUCAGAGUCUCAGGAUGAACAGUUUUCAGGACGAGUCCAGUUUGACAAAGACGUCCUCAGAGAAGGACGACUCAGACUUCAUGUGUCCAGACUCAGGACUGAGGACUCAGGUCUGUACCUGUGUGAGGUCAACACAGAGUCCGGUUCAAGCUCUGACAAGUGUCGACUCAGCGUCACUGGAAAUCAUCAGAUCACCUGUCAGACUGAACCGAACCAGGCAGAAGAAGGUGGUGAUGUUUCACUGCAGUGUCGUCUGGAUCCAUCAGUGGACUUGAGGAAAGAAACACUGGAGUUUACCAGAGCUGACCUCAACAGAGAAGAUGAUGUGGUCCACUUGUACCGCCAUGAAAAGGACCAAACUGAUCCACAGAUGGAUCAGUACAGAGACAGGACGACUCUGAUCCAUGAAGAUCUGAUCAGAGGAAUCAUCAGUCUGAAGAUCUCCUCAUUGACCCUGACAGACAGUGGACUGUACAGAUGUUACGUCCCAGGACUAGCAGCCAGUGCUACCAUAACUCUUACUGUUGUGAGAAAAGACCAAGACAACAGGACAAACACAACGAUCAUCGAGCCAGAGAAACCUGGAGCUGAGGAGAAUAAGAGGGUUGGUGUCAUUGUUGGUGGUGUUCUCACUGUUGUUGCUCUUAUUCUUGUCCUCAUUCUUAUUGGAGUCCUGGUGAAACGUAGAAAUCUCAUGAGAAAGAAAGAUGAGUUCACAACAACGAGACCUCCAGUGACAGAAAACACUGAGCCAGAGAAACCUGUGAUUCAUCAGCUCACCUGUCAGACUGAACCGAACCAGGUAGAAGAAGGUGGUGAUGUUUCACUGCAGUGUCGUCUGGAUCCAUCAGUGGACUUGAGGAAAGAAACACUGGAGUUUACCAGAGCUGACCUCAACAGAGAAGAUGAUGUGGUCCACUUGUAUCGACAUGAAAAGGACCAAACUGAUCGACAGAUGGAUCAGUACAGAGACAGGACGACUCUGAUCCAUGAAGAUCUGAUCAGAGGAAUCAUCAGUCUGAACAUCUCCUCAUUGACCCUGACAGACAGUGGACUGUACACAUGUUACGUCCCAGGACUAGCAGACAGUUGUACCAUAACUCUUACUGUUGUGAGAAAGAAAGAUGAGUUCACAACAACGAGACCUCCAGUGACAGAAAACACUGAGCCAGAGAAACCUGGAGCUGAGAAGAUGAAUGUUGGUGCCAUUGUUGGUGGUGUCCUUGGUCUCAUUUUUUUUGGUGUUGUUGGUGCUCUUCUUGUCUUCAUUAUUAUCAUAGACCUGGUGAAACGUAGAAAUCUCUGGAUGAAGAAGAAGCAGGAAGCAGAGAAAACACCAAACAUCUCUGAGAUGGAAAAGCUGGAGACGACAUCAACAGAAGGAGAUGAAGAGCUGCACAGAGCUGCAGAAAACGCUUCAGGAAACUUCCUGAAAGAGAUAACUGAUCAGAGAGCCUCAAGACUGUUUCAUCUCCAUGAGGGUGUUGAGGUCUCAGAGUCUCAGGAUGAACAGUUUUCAGGACGAGUCCAGUUUGACAAAGACGUCCUCAGAGAAGGACGACUCAGACUUGAUGUGUCCAGACUCAGGACUGAGGACUCAGGUCUGUACCUGUGUGAGGUCAACACAGAGUCCGGUUCAAGCUCUGACAAGUGUCGACUCAACGUCACUGUGAUUCAUCAGAUCACCUGUCAGACUGAACCGAACCAGGUAGAAGAAGGUGGUGAUGUUUCACUGCAGUGUCGUCUGGAUCCAUCAGUGGACUUGAGGAAAGAAACACUGGAGUUUACCAGAGCUGACCUCAACAGAGAAGAUGAUGUGGUCCACUUGUAUCGACAUGAAAAGGACCAAACUGAUCCACAGAUGGAUCAGUACAGAGACAGGACGACUCUGAUCCAUGAAGAUCUGAUCAGAGGAAUCAUCAGUCUGAACAUCUCCUCAUUGAACCUGACAGACAGUGGACUGUACACAUGUUACGUCCCAGGACUAGCAGACAGUGCUACCAUAACUCUUACUGUUGUGAAAAAAGACAAAGACAACAGGACAAACACAACGAUCAUCGAGUCAGAGAAACCUGGAGCUGAGGAGAAUAGGGGAAGGGAGGGUUGGAGCCAUUGUUGGUGGUGUUCAUGGUGCCCUCAUUGGUCUUGCUCUUGUCCUCAUUCUUAUCGGAGUCCUGGUGAAACGUGGAAAGCUCCAGAUUUGCAAGAGGAGGGACAGAGGACAGCGGGGACAGGAAGCAGAGACAACACUAAACAACUUUGAGAUGGAAAACCUGAGGAGCCCGUCAACAGAAGAUGACCACCUGACCUUCCCUUGAAUGUGCUACCCUUGGUUGUUUGCACAGAGCCAUAGCUCAAUGCUGCCCCGGUGUGGUUUCAUACAGAUGUCAAUCGGCAGCCCUCCCCGAGUCCAGUUCUGCUCAAGGUUUCUGCCUCUUAAAGGGUCUCUCUCUGUGAAUAUAAUAAUAUAGACCUGCUCUAUAGGGAUGCACCGAUACCAGUACCAGCAUCAGGUGUCUGUCUGAUACCUUCCUGUACUCGUACUCGUAUUCGUAAAAGUGUCCAGAUACCACUUUACGGCAGCGUGACGUUCAGUUGGGCAGUCAGGUGCUAAUUGUGAGCAAGGAGGAGCAAUGUCGGUGGUGUGGAGGUAUUUCAAAGUGGAUGAUGGUGACAAAAGUAAAGUGGACUGCAAAUUCUGCAGUUGUCAAGAGGACGGACAAAAGCGAGUACUUUGAACACAAGCAAUCUGAUCAAACGUCUAAAAAACCAACAGGACGCAGAGCUCAAAGAGGGUUAGGGUCCGUCACAGCAAUUUCUUACAGCCAGAGAAUGAAACAAUAUCUGAUGAAAAUAAAACACGUUUCCAAGUAAAUAUACAAAGUGUAACAGCAUUAAUAAGUACUCGUAUCAGUACUCUGUAUCAGCAAGUACUCAAAUGUAAGUACUUGUAAUUGGAUUGAAAAAAUGUGGUAUCGGUGCAUCCCGACUGCUCUAUAUGAAAAGUGCCUUGAGAUAACUUCUGUUGUGAGUUGGUGCUAUAUAAAUAAAACUGAAUUAUCUAGAGAAGGGUGAGGCAGAAUAAUGUCACAAUAUUCCCACCUUGUAAAGCCUGUAUCAAAAGGGUUUAUGACCUCUAACACUAAUUUACAACUUAUACAAUAUCCACUGAACCCUCAUCAAAGUAAAAUGUUUAAAAUGUGUUUGGCCACAGACAGUUAUCUUCACAGCAGUUGGACCUGCUGGCUAGUUCACUCCCUUUAGAAGACAUGGAGAAACCUUCCACUACCUUGAGCUGCAGAAUUCCAUUAUCCCCCAUCACUCAGUGCUAUCUGGAUUGAUUUAAUCACAGAACAGGUUUUAUAAGAGAACACAACAGCUCACAGUAAAUCAGUCUGGAAUAUCAAAAAUCCCUUGUGGCCCAAAGAGCAUUUUCCCCCAAAAAAUAAAGUGCCUGUACUGUAAAUUUUAAGCCAUGGAGGAGGGCCAUCUCCAUUUUUAUUUAUCCAGCUCAUUUAUUGUCUUAUAUUUUUGUGUUUGUUUAUGUCUCUAAUGGGGAUGAUGCAGUCUUCCUCUUCCUGUAAAUAAAUUGUUUGUAUUUGUUUUA